AUGGAACACAGACGGCUAUGGAGAUGGAGCCCCAGCCGCGCCGGCCCUGGGCGAGCAAACCCCGCGACACAGAAUACGGCGAGGCUCAGCAGCGGAUGGGUGCAUUUACCCUUUUCGCACCCGACGAGGACGAGGACGAGGACUCGGCGGAUACAGGGACUCAUGCCAACAGCCAACCGCCCACUGCCGCCCUACCCUCCAUUCGCCGCGGUCAGAUUCCUACCUAACUUACCUUACGGAUACCAUGUCAAUGGAGAGAAGCUCUCGAGAGUCAAGCUAGGGGUACGGCCCACGGGGUUCCCUGCGCUGUGCAAGGUGACGUUUGCCUGGCUCCGAUUGCAGCUGCGGGUUGCGAGCUGCAUGUUUCCUCCUUCCAACAUUAGCGCGGCUGUCCUCAAGAACGAACCGGCUGGUCUUCCAUUGGGUCCAAUUGACAUCCCGCGCUGA